AUCGAAAUGACGAUACUCGGUGCCUUUGCUUGUGUUCAAUUGCCCUUGGACGCCGUGGUCUUCCACGCUUCGCCACUUUACGAAAGAAAAAAUGUGUUUCGAGGCGUGUACAACAGCAGCACGAAUAUUGCUCUCCGCCGCUUCCCCAAGCACUCUGUCGACGCCAAGCGGGACGUGUUUGUCCAGCAUAUAUCGCUUCUCUCUCGUCUCCAGCACGACAACGUUGUGUCCUUUGUCGGGUGCUGCAUGGACGCCCAUGACAACUUAUAUAUCGCGAUGGAGUGGAUGGACGGCGGGUCGCUACGCUCCGUACUUACUAGCCCAUCGGUGCAUUGGACGUGGGCCUCCCACGGACUCGCAGCAGCACGCUCGGUCUGCGUCGCGAUGCAGUACCUUCGGUCUCACGCAAUCAACGACGGCGUCUACCCCCACACCUUGACAUCCGCCACCGUCUUCUUCCCGCGUGAUGCGAAUGCUAUGUGCAAGGUCGGCGAUAUUGGACUCGCCGCCUUGGCGUCCGAAGAGAUGUUGCCGUUGUGUACCGUUCCGACGUGGCUGGCUCCCGAAGUCUUGCGUGGCGACUGCGUGCAGAGCGAGGCGGCCGAUGUCUACAGCUUUGGCAUGCUGCUCUACGAACUGUUUACGCAGAAAAGACCGUUUACCAACUAUCGGAGCCGCAUGCAGCUGCUGAUUAGCAUUGUCUACGACGGCGCGCGACCGACGCUACCAGAGGCAGCGCCGCAAAGAAUUCUGGAGAUCUACCACGCAUGUGUCGAUGCCCAGCCAGCACUUCGCCCGACCUUCAGGCAUCUUCUGGGCGCAUUUUCCUGCAUACGCGACGACGCCGUGGCGUAGCAUCCUGACCGUGAACGCGAGCAAGGCUAUUUAUGCUCUGAACUACGCCAGAUAUUCUGUAAGACUUGUUGAGCUGUGAAUGAGACCUUGCUUUCCAG